UAUUCAAAAUCCAAAGCGAGUUUCCCGUCUAAUUCAUAUUUAUAGUCUUUGCAAUUGUAAUUUCUUGUCUCUUUCUAAUUUUUUCUCUUUUUCACGGCGGACUGUAAGCGAACAAGAUGUUCACGUCAAACGCGAAAAUUGUUAAAAGCGGCGGCGCUGAGCCGGAUGUUUGUGAAGCUAGUGUCUCGCAGGCUCUUUUGGAAUUGGAAAUGAAUAGUGAUUUGAAGUCUCAACUUCGUGAACUUCACAUUACAAAAGCUAGAGAGAUCGAAGCUAAUAACAAGAAAUCGAUCAUCAUUUACGUUCCAAUGCCAAAACUCCAGGCGUUCCACAAAAUUCAAACGAGAUUGGUACGUGAAUUGGAAAAGAAGUUUUCUGGAAAACAUGUUAUGUUCGUUGGAGAUAGGAAAAUUUUACCUAAACCAACAAGAAAAACGAGGACAAAGAACAAGCAAAAGAGACCAAGGAGCCGUACUCUCACUGCAGUGUAUGACGCUCUUCUCGAGGAUUUGGUCUUCCCCGUUGAAAUUGUAGGAAAACGUAUCCGAGUCAAGCUUGAUGGUUCGCAGCUUAUUAAAGUUCAUCUUGAUAAGAAUGAACAAACCAAUAUUGAGCACAAGGUUGACACUUUCGCAUCUGUCUACAAAAAAUUAACUGGCCGUGAUGUUGCAUUCGAAUUCCCUGAAUCGUAUGUAUAAAACAUGUUUCAGUAAAAAUAAAAAAAAAUUGUUUAUACAUA